AUGGCUUCCUCCGCAGACAAUGUUGGCCCUAUUGAGAGCAAUGGCGCAAAAAGACAUGCCGAGACGCCUCUGCGCAGCGAGGAAGGCUCACGAGGAAACUACAGAUUCAGGAAUAAGCGAAUGAAGAACGGCCAUGCCGAGCAGAGCAAGAUACUAAAGACUAACGGCACCAACGAAGAGGUCUUGCUGGAGGAUGUCACAGCGCUCAUCAAAAACUUCAAGCUAGAAAGAGAUGGGAAGGAGACGUCAACCCGGCUCCCUGAAAAGUUCAAAGAGAUCACAGUUGAGAUCAAGGAAAUAUCGUCCACCGGAGAUGGCCUUGGAUUUCAGCAAGGCUCAGACUCGGACCAAGUCUACGUUGUGCCUUUUAGUGCACCAGGCGACGUCGUGACCGCGCGUCCUCACAAGCACUUUGAAAAGGAAAAGUACUCCAUGGCCGAUUUUGUCGAUGUUGUCACGCCGUCGCCUCACCGCGACUCGUCUUUGGUCAAGUGCCCAUACUUCUCCAGCUGCUCGGGCUGCCAGUUCCAGAUGCUGCCAUACGACUUCCAAUUACAGCACAAGAAGUCUAUUGUCCAGAAGGCCUACAAACACUUUUCCAACCUGCCGCCUGAGCUCAUACCCACUAUUGGCGACACCAUUGGCUCACCUUUGCAAUACGGAUACCGCACAAAACUUACUCCGCACUUUGACGGCCCACCAGAUGCUCGGCGAAGCGAUGGCCGAAACGGUAUCAAACGCACGUUCAAAGAAGUACCACCCAUCGGCUUCAUGAAGAAAGGAACCAGAAACACCAUUGAUAUAGAAGACUGUCCCAUCGGCACCGACGCCGUUCGUGCAGGCAACAAGCGUGAACGCAGACGCGUCGUCGAUACCAUCGACAAGUACCACAAAGGCGCGACGCUCCUCCUCCGAGAAAGCACGACCCGGAUACCCAAAUCAGAAUACGACGUGACCAAAGAAGAAGACCAAGACGCCGUCAUCGAAGACCGAGGCGACCACAUCCACCGCAAGAUCUGCGUGACAGACCCCAAUGCAAAGUCGACCGAAUACGUCGACGACUUCCAGUUCGUCAACCCCGCGGGGUCCUUCUUCCAAAACAACAACAGCAUUCUCCCCGUCUUCACCCAGUACAUCCGCGAGCACAUUCUCCCCUCGACCCCCGGCCACAAAAUCACGCACCUCAUCGACGCCUACUCCGGCUCCGGACUCUUCACUAUUACUCUCUCUAGCCUAUUCAAGACUUCGCUGGGAAUCGACAUUUCCUCGUCAAGCAUAGAGUCUGCAACCACGAAUGCGCGUCUGAACAAUCUCCCCGAAAGCUCGGCGCGAUUUAUUGCUGCUGAUGCUGCGCGCCUCUUUGCGUCUAUCAAGUCCCCCGCCGACGAAACAGUCGUCAUGAUUGAUCCGCCGCGCAAAGGCUGCGAUGAGUCUUUUCUGCGCCAGCUGGUGCAGUAUGGUCCUGCCAGAGUCGUUUACGUGAGCUGCAAUGUGCAUACGCAAGCUAGGGAUGUUGGCGUCUUGGUCGGUGGCAUGACGGGCGUAGAUGGCGGAUUUGGAAAGGGCCAGGGUUGCUACGAGAUUGAGAGUCUGAGGGGCUUUGACUUUUUCCCUCAGACGGGGCAUGUGGAGGGUGUUGCUGUGCUGGCGAGGAAGACAGCAACGGGUGAAAAGGCUGAUGGGUCACAGAACGGUGAGGUGAUGAUGGACUAG